UCCACCAACCAGACGACCAAGCAUCAUACAUACAGCACUAGUUGCGUAUAAGUCGAGCUCUUUGUUCAACGUCAACCCUCGUCACCACGAAGCAUACAUCAUCCCAUAGCUGCAGAGCGCAUAAGCUAGCUAGCUACGAAAUAACAAACGGCUUGUUCUCACGAUCAGUGUAGCAAGCUUCUUUUUUCACCAAUUUCACCAGAUACACAUACACAUAAUUAGCCAUGUCGACUUCCACGACAAACUCAGCUGGCGCCGAGAUCGAGGGUGAGAAGGUGAACACCAACAUUGUCACCCUCACCAGAUUCCUCACCGAGGAGCAAGUAAAGCACAAGGAAGCCACCGGAGACUUUACCCUCCUUUGCCAUGCCCUCCAAUUCUCCUUCAAGUCCAUCGCCUACUACAUCCGCCGCGCCACGCUCGUAAACCUGACGGGUCUCGCCGGCUCCUCCAACACCACAGGCGACGAGCAAAAGAAGCUCGACGUCAUCUCCAACGACCUCUUCAUCGAAGCCAUGCGCUCCUCCGGCAAGUGCGCGCUGCUGGUCUCCGAAGAAGAGGAACAUGUAAUCUACUUCAAGGACGCCAAGAACGCGCGCUACGCCGUGGCCUGCGACCCCAUCGACGGCUCCUCCAACCUGGACGCCGGCGUGUCGGUCGGCACCAUCUUCGCCAUCCACAAGCUGGCCGAGGACAGCACGGGCUCGAAAGAGGACAUCCUCAAGCCCGGCACCGAGCUCGUCGCGGCCGGUUUCACCAUGUACGGCGCCUCGGCCCAGCUGGUCAUCACCAUGAAGGGCGGCUCCGUCAACGGCUUCACGCUUGACCAGGGCGUGGGCGAGUUCAUCCUGACGCAUCCUAACAUGACCAUCCCCAAGAAGAGGAGCAUCUACUCCGUUAACGAGGGUAACUCGCUCUACUGGGAGGAUGACGUCAAGGCGUACUUUGACAGCCUGAAGGAGGGCCAGGAGGGCAGCGGAAAGCCUUAUAGUGCUCGGUACAUCGGUUCCAUGGUGGCGGAUGCGUAUCGCACGCUGCUUUAUGGUGGCGUCUUUGCGUAUCCCGCGGAUAAGAAGAGCCCCAAGGGCAAGCUGCGUAUCCUGUACGAGUGCGCACCGAUGGCCAUGGUUUUUGAGAAUGCUGGUGGUCAAGCCGUCGAUAGCAAGAUGAACCGCAUGCUCGAGGUCGUACCGGAGCAUAUCCAUGACAAGGCUGGCAUCUUUAUGGGUUCUUAUGAUGAGGUUGAGAAGGUUAAGAAGUUCCACGGCAAGGCCUAAACUGGGCUUGACUUGGUGUGGGCUUGGUCAACAAGGUGUUGGGGGUUGGGGGUUGG